CGGAGUUCAGUCACACACACACAAUCAUUAACAAACAUGCCAAAGGUGAAGCGGAGCAGAAAGCCUCCACCAGAUGGAUGGGAGCUCAUUGAGCCAACCUUGGAUGAACUUGACCAGAAAAUGAGAGAAGCGGAAACCGAUCCUCAUGAGGGGAAGAGGAAAGUGGAGUCCUUGUGGCCUAUCUUCAGGAUUCAUCAUCAGAAAACUCGCUAUAUCUUUGAUUUAUUUUACAAGAGAAAAGCUAUCAGUAGAGAGUUAUACGACUACUGUAUCAGGGAAGGAUAUGCUGAUAAGAACCUUAUCGCAAAAUGGAAAAAGCAGGGCUAUGAAAACCUGUGUUGCCUGCGUUGUAUACAGACCAGAGACACCAACUUUGGAACCAACUGUAUUUGCAGGGUCCCAAAAACCAAACUGGAAGUGGGGAGGAUCAUUGAGUGCACACACUGUGGCUGCAGAGGAUGCUCUGGAUAAGCAAUUCUAACUUUGACUUCUGGAUCGUUUAAGGCCUGCGACCGAGAUUGUGUUUGAAAGUUGUAUCUAUUCUGUCACAUCAUUUUAAUAUUGUUUUUUGUUGUUUUUAAUAAAGGGUGUAAUAAACAUGAUAUUUCAUGGACCAAUUUUUUCCAUUAUGUCCUGUUGAAACAGAGAUCUGACUUUAUUUGACAAUCCUAUAUAGAUCUAUCGUUCUGUCCAUCUACUUAAACAGAAGAUGUCUGCAUUCAAAACAUUACAUCCACUUUUUAAUUUUGUGCAGAACAGAUUCUACUAAAAGUAUGGGAUCCGUUAUCCGGAAACCUGUUAUCCAGACAGCUAUGAAUUACGGAAAUGCCAUCUCCCAUAGACUCCAUUUUUUCCAAAUAAUCCAAAUUUGUAAAAAUGAUUUCCUUUUUCUCUGUAAUAAUAAAACAGUACAAUGUACUUCCUCUCAA